AUGCUGCUGUUAAUAUUAUUAUCUCGUACAUUCAAACUCUCCAAUUCAAUACCACUCAAAACUUUAUUAACAACAUCUACUACAACCACAACCUUUGGUGGUGUUGCUUAUCGUUCAUAUCAUUCACAAGAUCAUAUAAACAUUAACACAAUUGAUAAUUCUAAAAUUGAUGAUCAAAUAUUAACUACAGCAAUUAAAUAUAUUCCUGAAUAUGGAUUUCAAUCUAAAUGUAUUACUGAAGCCAUUAAACAAUUGAAAUAUCCUGAUUCAAUGAAUUCUCUUUUCACAACUAAACCAGGAAAUAAUUCAUUAGAAUUGCAAUUAAUGAUUCAUUGGUUAAAAUUACAACGGUAUAAUUUAGAAAAAUAUAUUCAAACCAAUCCAUUUUCUAAUACUCAAUCAUAUGAGGAAAAAUUAAUUGAAUUAAUUAAUGUUAGAUUAUCUUAUAAUGAACCAAUUUUACAUCAAUUGAAAACUAAUGGAAUUAGUCAAUUAAUAUUACCUUAUAAUUUAAGUCAAGGUUUAAAUGAAUUAUAUCAAUUAAGUGAUGAUUUAGCUUAUUAUCUGGGUGAUAAAUCUCAUGAUUUUAAUUGGUACAGUAAACGAUUAGGUAUUGCUUCAAUUUAUGUUAGUUCAGAAUUAUUUAUGUUAAAUGAUACAACAAAAGAUUUCAAAUUAACUAAACUGUUUGUUAAAAAAAGAAUUUAUGAUUUACAAAAAUUAGGUAAUGGUUAUAAUAAUAUUGAACAAUGGAUUGGGUUUAAUACUAUUAGUUUAAUUAAUUUAAUUAAAUCUCAAUUAACCAGAGGUUAA